ACACUCGCGUCUGUCGUAGGCGAGUUGUAGGCUUGAUUUACACGCUACGACUCGGGUUGUAGGAUGGCUCGUGUUGUAUGCGAUAGUUGUAGGCGAAAAUCGUACCGUCUGCCCGGGCGUCUGAACCGGCCUUUAUAAAUAAACCAUGUCAAUGCAUAUCUCUUACUGUAUAAACGUGCUGUGCGAGCCUCAUACUUCGGAGACAGACGCCAGUUGAGUAUUGUAUAAGUGAACUCUCCAAACACUAGUGGAUUUCACCAAGUUGAUCCUGUGUACCAUGACUGGUCUAUUCAGCACAGAAUCCUCUGGGGAAAACCAAACAAGACAAAGCAGUACUCCAAAGAUAUUCCUCUGUAAAAUAUGUCUGUCCAAUUAUCCAGUGCACAAAGGACUUCAACUGAAAAAAUGUGAAUGCAUUUUUUGUGAAGAGUGUCUUAAACAUUACUUAGAACAUUCUAUAUCAGAAGGUAAUGUCCUUGAGAUACUCUGUCCAGAUGGAGGUUGCUCCCAACAAGGAGAUAUCACACAGCUUGAGAUUUCAAAGAUCCUUGAUGAUUCCAAGUUUGACCAGUAUGAAAGGUUGAGAAAGAGAAAAGAAGUAGCAGUUGACAAAAGCAAGACAUUCUGCCCUAUUCCUGGAUGUGAGGGUGUCUGUGAUGGAAUUCCUGGCAUGGCACAACAAACUUAUUGCCAAGAUUGUGGCUUUACCUUUUGCUUUGAAUGCAAAGAGCCUUGGCAUUCUGGGAGGACUUGCAAAGAAUACCUAAAAAAUUCAACAGAUACAACAUCUGGAUUAAGGUUCAUCGACAUACUGAAGGAAGGAGGGACAAAUGACAUCAAGGAGUGUCCAAUCUGUCAAGUCCUGAUUCAAAGAGAUGCUGGUUGUGCACAAAUGAUGUGUGGUAACUGUAAACAUAUGUUCUGUUGGCACUGCAGAAAGUCAUUAGAUAGUGAUAUUCUACUCAGACACUAUGACAAAGGUCCUUGCAGAAAUAAGUUGGGACAUUCUCGAGCAACCUUGUUUUUACACAGAACACAGGUUAUUGCUGGUUUCAUCUUUUUUGGAGCGAUGAUCCUCGUAGCCUCACCAUUUCUUCUCAUCAUUUCUCCAUGCUUCCUGGUGUCCAAGUGCUUAUUCCGCAGAAGUGAACCUAGUUCUUUAUAGACCAACUCCCAAAUGUUUGUAGUAAAAUAAUGCACCUGCUAAUCUUGAGUUCUAGAGAUGAGGUGGUGGCCGGGUGAGUGUACCCGAGGGAAUUUGACAUUUCAAAGUCAUUUUCCUUCCCUGGAACCAUUAAAAAUGUAAAAUUCCCACCCCAUGGAGUGAAUCAUUUCAAUAUGGGAAUCAAGGGUGCCAUAGAGACCUAAGCUUAACUUGGCAUCGCAUGUUAUGCGAGGGUUUGUUGGGUUUCUCCCUUCCUUCAAGGGCUUCCUCCACUUUCCUUCCUUCGGCAAAACCUAACACCUCUCCCUUCCUUUCAGGGUUUUUUCUCCACUCCUGCAAAAUCUCACACAAAAUUCAAUGGUAUCCAUGUUAAAUUCCCUAACUCUGGAAGAAAGGGGAUUAAGAGCA